UGCAGUUUGAAAAUGUAUAUAGCUUUCAGAGUCUAAUCAAUUAUCAAGUAUGACUUGCAUACCUUGCCGCACGAGGAAGAAAAAAUGUGACAAGGAAAUUCCACGCUGCGGGCGGUGUCUCAGAAUUGGCAUCAAUUGUCGGUACAACAAGCCAUUGAAUAGCAUUGGAUGGGAGAAACGUGUUGGAGAUGGAGCACUUAUAUACACACCACAGGGUACUCCUAUCAGCAUCCUGCGCAAUGAUCCUCUACUGAUUCUUCAAGAUGGAUAUUUCUCAUCCGAUCUUCUGGGACUAUCAAAGUGGACAGAUUGUAUUGACGUUCAUCUGACGACUGUUACGCUGGCGACUUUAACGCUCAGAGGACGGGAUUUACGUUCAGCAUGCCUACCCUACCUAGAGACGCUGAAUGAAUGGCUUCCGGUGGUUCUGUCCAGCGAACUGGAUGAUUGUGCCUCAAGUAUACUAUCUUUCCCUGAUAGUGAAUCAUCGCUAUUGAUAUACUCCUGCUUUCUCCUUUCUCAAAUAUGUGGUAACGAAAGUAAUAUGGAGGCGGACGAAUUCUACCUGAAAUGCAAGGGCUUUUUUACUCUCCUUGUCUCUCAAAGAAGGAGAAGUGAAAAGUUAGUGCAAGUAGGGCUACUUCUAUCGCUUUAUGAGUAUCUACAAGCCAUGAAUGACGUUGCCUUGACGACUAUUGCCUCUUCCACCCUAAUCGCCGAUCAUACGGGUCUAUUCCUUCCUCUCGAUCGAGAUGGCGUUCGCUGUAGCACGACGUUGACACUCUCAAAACGAAUAUGGUGGAGUCUCUUCAUUCUCGAGAGAGUUAUCAUGGCAGCGGCCGUUGACAGCCCAGUUAUAUCCGAAACUUUCAUUUGUCCGAUUCCCCCAAUGCCGGAAUUUCCAGUUGCAAAGGAGCAGGCAAUUGAAAUAUUUCUCAGUCAGAGCCAUUCAGGGGCUUCUCAAAAUCCAUAUGUGCAAUUCAUUUACGAAGACCACAAGAGCGGGAAUAGUUUGCAACUAGAAUAUUUCACUCGACUUGUUCAAGCGUGUUACCUGUUGCAACUAGCCCUCCUGGAUCGAUGGGCUCAUUCUCAUAGAGUUCCCAGUCGUCACAAUUGCGUUGACCUUGAUCGGAAGUUAACAACAUUUGCAUCAGCGGUACUUCAAGAAGGGGAGGCAGGACAUGGGAAAAAUUGUUCCACUCUUGCGAUUUGCGUUAAUGCUAUGAUUAUUCUUCAUGGAGUGUCGGCGGCCGAUAUCGGAUAUUCGGCUUAUCACGAAGAGAGACCGACUGACAUCUGCCCUGCCCUGGUUGUGGCUAUUCAGAUGGUAUUGGACCGCAUUAAGCAGUUUCCAACUUGGCAUUAUCAUUAUGCGGCAAUAAUUCCAAUCUGGACCCAUCACUGCUUCUACCUUGGUGCCCUUUCUUAUCUCCAGCAAUGCGCUGAACGAUCUGACCCCCUAUUGAACUUCGAUAUUCUUGAAUCAGUUCUUCAUUAUUUGAAAGUAUAUUCUAAGCGCUGGAAAUUGUCUGGUAAGUUUUUUUCUUUCUGUUUUUGGUCGGAUUUCUAAGCUGUCUCUUCCUGACUAACUACCAUAAAGU